GGGACAAUCUACUUCUGCAGAGCGAAGAGAGAUCCCACCAGAGCUCCAGUUACUGAGGACACAGUACAAUACGUGUUUUCAAAGUUCUGUCUAUCUACUCUACUUCUGUCUUUCUGGAUCAUCCACUCUAAGCUUCUCCAACAUGCAGGACCGACAACACUAUUUCAUGAAAGCCUUCACAUGGUUCCUGGUGUUUCUGGUGCUCGGUCCGCAGGCGUCUGCCAGCCCUGUUCCGUCUGUGGAUGUCCCACCCAGCUCUGGUCAUCUCCAGCCUGAAGGUCAGAGGGCACUGAAGCGGAUGGCUCGUAUGACCCCGUUGUGGAGGACCAUGGGUACUAAACCCUACGGGGCGUACUGUCUUAACAACUAUGAGUGCUCCACUGGGAUCUGCAGGGGUGGCCACUGCAUGUUCAGCCAACCCAUCAAGUCCUAGAAGAGAAGAUGGAGGAACGCUCCCAACAUUUUUCCCAAUCUGUUCUCCAUGGACAUACCCUCCCUCUCCUCUACAUAGCCAAACAUGCAGACAUUAUGUGUCUUGACAUCUAUCUAUGCAAAACAACCUCUGUAUUCAUAAUGUAUAGCUGAAGUAUGAGAAGGGUUAACAUAUCUAAAAGGAAGGGUUAAGGUAUACCUAAAAUAUAUAUAUAUUCCCGAAGAUUUUGCUUAGGCAAAGGGGAUUGCUAUAUUUUACUCUAUCUUUCUGACUUUACCAAAGUAAGCAGAUGACAUGAUGAUAAGGGUAAGAUUUAGCCUAAUAUUACAGGUUAAAGCAUCUUUAACAAACCCCUUAUUGAGAUGUUCCUAAGAAUGUAUCGUCCUUUAGGAUUUUCCUUAGGCAAAAGGUUGGGUUACGUUUUUAGGAAAAAUAAUUCUAAAAGGGUUCUUCGGGUGUCUCCGUAGGAGAACCCUUUCUGGUUUCAGGUAGAAAGGGUUCUCCUAUGAGGACAGCCAAAUAACCCUUCUGGGUUCUAGAUAACACUUUUUGUGUUCUAAGAGUGAAGAUGUGAUAUUGAAUGCUAGCUUUUGGACCGUACCAAGGGGAACAGCAUGUAAAUGUGACAGACACAUGGAUUUUGGGUUAUAAGGUUUUCAAUAUUUCUACUAAUAUUUCAUACAGGGUGCUGGCCAGAGAUAAAACAGUAGCUAGGCGCCUAAACAUAGUCUUCCAAAGUGCUUCACCAGAUGUUAACAGUCGACACACUCACAUUCAAUGUAAUGGUGACUAUAUUGGCUUUGCCAUCGAGGAAUUUAUCCUCCAACUACAUCUGUCGUGCAGUAUCUGUUCCAUCGGAUUAGAUGACGUGGCCUUUAAAAAAAACAAUCAGAAUCAGAUACAUUUUCAUGGUACAUAU